UAUCUAUCGAUCCCAGUCGAGCACUAACAAUAAACCAGGACUAUACUUCAUUGUUCUUAUUCUAGCUUGUCCUAAACCCAAGAACAAUCAAAAGUUCUAAUUCCCUGCCCUAGAUUGCUUGCACCCCAAGUUUCGUUUGCGUCUUCGAUCAUUAGUGGCAGGUUUUUGGAAUUUGGCACAGUUUGUAUUCAUAUUAUGGUCAUGGGGGCUAUGAGGAUGGAAUGGUCUGCAGCAUCUGCAACAAAAGCUUACUUUGACACCAUCAAACUGUGCAAUGAUCGCAGAAGACAAUGCGACUCAGUGAAGUUAACACAAGAGCCAGGGAGCAAUGAAUUCGUGUCAGCCUUGGCAGCAGGCAUGAAAGCCAAGCUCAUAGUGGAGGUGACAUCAAGUGCUUCCCCAUCAACAAUUGCCUUGGCAGCUGCUGCAAAACACACCGGAGGCAAAUUGGUUUGCAUCCUUCCGGAGCCAGAUCUAGCUGAAUCGAAGAAAGUUAUCAAAGACUCAGGCCUAAAAGACUUGGUAGAAUUCAAGACAGGUGACCCUUUUGAGCUAUUGACGAAUUACGAGAACAUUGAUUUCUCUCUGGUUGAUUGCAAGAAUGAUGAGUACACAGGGUUGCUGAAGUUGCUGGAUGUUAAUCCGAGAAAAUCAGUGGUUGUGGCUACUAACUUGGUUGGGGAAAGAAAAGGAUUCGAAGGACAUGUGAAGGGAGUGAAGGAGGAGAGGGUUGUCGUGAGGUCUAUGAAGCAUCCCAUUGGAAAAGGUAUGGAGGUCACCAUGAUCGGAAAGGAAGAUUGGGGCGGUGGAAGAGUUUCGAAUGAAGCAGAAAAAAGAGGUGGUUUCAAGAAGAGGAAUGGUAAUAAGAGCAAAUGGCUUGUCAAGGUUGAUGAGAAGAGUGGUGAGGAACAUAUCUUUAGGAUUCGUGGCUAAAUCACUUCCAUGCUUUGUUUUGGUGUCAAUGUUGCAUUUAAAGUUUGUUCACUUCCCAUUGUUCUGAAAAAGAUAGGCGGGUAGGAUAAUGGAGGCAAUGACAAGGAUUUGAAAUUGGUAUUUCUUUCUCUGACACCAUGAUAAAGUUUAUUGAUUGGUUUACCACUGAUCCCCAAAACAUAAGCUGUUAGAAUGUGGAAAUUCUAGCAGCAGCCGAGCUAGCAAGGAGGAGAAAUGAUUAGUAAUGUUUGCAACUGAUCACUCUAAUCUGCACACAUGCAUGUUGUGAGAGGAAGGUCACAUUUGAUGGUCACGAGAAUAACUUUUUUUAUCAAGCAGAAUGGGGUGAAUCAGGAAGCCGGCCUAAUAAAUUGAACGCUGAAUCUUGAGCCCGCAACACAGCCUUCAUGUUCGUUGCUUCAAUCUGUUGAUUCUUUGAAACCGAACUUUGCUUGAAUUUCAGCUGGCCCUGCCUGGCUUGGAAACAUGCCGAUCAACUAUUAUUGCCAUCAUUUUUACUACAUGACGUGUAUCAAGUCCCUAACUCUAUGUAUUGCUUAGAAACUCAUCAAUAAUCAUUGUGUGAAGUGUGAUAAAUGUUUAAUAGGACUAAUUUUUUUUAAUGG